AUGGAGGCUCUGCGAAGUCGGAGGCCGGGGAACGAGGAGAAGUCGGGGCUGCUCCGGCGGCUAGUCCCCGGCGCGGCGGAGUCCGGGCGUCUGGUGCUGUUCGAGGCCGACCUCUAUGACGCGGCCACGUUUGCGCCGGCCAUCGCCGGGUGCCAGUUAGUCUUCCUCGUCGCCACGCCGCUGCAGCACGACGCCACGAGCACCAAGUACAAGAGCACGGCGGAGGCAGCUCUGGACGCGGCGCGGGUGAUCCUCCGGCAGUGCGAGGAUUCCGGGACGAUGAAGCGCGUGAUCCACACCGGCAGCAUUGUGGCGUGCUCGCCGCUCAAGGAGGACUCCACCGGGUUCAAAGAUGCCGUCGACGAAUCCUGCUGGACGCCGCUCGACGUCGAUUACCCUCUCCGGAACGCAGAUUUCGACGAGUACGUCCUGUCGAAGCUGGUGUCGGAGAAGGAGCUGCUUGCCUACAACGCCGUCGAGAGCCCGGCGUUAGAGGUGGUCACGGUGCCCUGCUCCGUCGUGGCCGGCGACGCGCUCCAGGGCCACGCCACGUUCUCCCUGGAGUGCCUCGUGUCGCCGGUGACCGGUGACGAGCGCCUCCUCGCGGCGCUGAGGCUGCUGCAGCCGCUGGCUGACUCGGUGCCGGUGACGCACGUGGACGACGUCUGCGACGCGCUCGUCUUCUGCAUGGAGCGGCCGGCCAUGGCCGGCAGGUUCCUCUGUGCCGCCGCGUACCUGACGUUCGGCGACGUCGUCGGGCACUUCGCCGCCAAGUACCCACACCUCGACAUCCGCAAAGGGACGGAGGUGUCGCCGAGCGCGCAAGCGCACAGUGACAAGCUGGGCGAGCUGGGGUUCAGAUACAAGUACGGGAUGGAGGAGAUAUACUGGACGGCAGCAUCGACUGCGCAGUGA